CGCAUCGAACCUUCGGCCUGCAAGCGAAUUCGUCCUCCCCUCUCCUACCGGCGCGAAUUCAACCGCCCGCAAAGCCCUAGGCCGAUGCGUCCGAUCCGGCUACCCGAGCCGCCGGGUGUCGACGGCAUGGAGACGCCCGAGAUCUUCUCUGGCAGCGGCACUGGUGGCGCCGCCGUCGUUCGCCGCGCCGUCCUCAUAGGCAACGGCUCCCCCGGCGCAGAAAACCAGUGUCUCGGCCUCGCCCGCGCCCUCGGCCUUGCCGACAACCUCACAUUCUACCGUGUCACGAGGCCGAGAGGAGGGAUCAAUGAGUGGCUGCACUUUCUCCCCAUUUCCAUGCACAAGUUUAUAGACCAAAUACUCAGGCAGUUCUUCCGGAACACAAGGUUCGCAAUAGUGGUUCAGGGGAGGAAGCCGCGUGUGCUGAAUGGUGCAUCAGUUGGGUUGUCUGCAGUUCUGGAAGCAAACGUCAAGAAGAUUGUUACUGUAGCACGCGAUACGUAUGAGAAGGAAGGUCCGACGUUAGUCGUUGCUUGUGGCUGGGACACCAUAUCAUAUUCAAGCUUGAUAAGGAAAGUAGCUUCAGAUAAUGUGUUCGUCAUCCAGAUCCAACACCCACGAUCUCGCCUUGAUAGGUUUGAUUUAGUGGUGACUCCUCGCCAUGAUUACUAUGCUUUAACCGCUAGUGGACAACAAGAAGUUCCACACCUGUUCCGCAGAUGGAUUACUCCACAGGAACCACCCAGGAGUAAUGUGGUACUUACUGUUGGUGCACUACACCAGGCUGAUUCUGCUGCGCUACGGCUUGCUGCUAUAGCCUGGCAUGAUGAACUCGCCCCUUUGCCUAAGCCGUUGCUAAUUGUCAGCAUUGGGGGCCCCACCAGGAAUUGUAAAUAUGGUGUAGAUCUUGCCAGGCAGCUCAUAACUUCUCUGUAUAAUGUGCUAGAUAGCUGUGGGAGUGUCAGAAUCUCAUUCUCUCCGAGAACACCAUGGAAGGUUGCUGAUACUAUAUUUAAAGAAUUUGCUGGACAUCCCAAGGUCUAUAUUUGGAAUGGUGAAGAACCUAACCCUCACAUGGGACAUCUUGCAUGGGCUGAUGCUUUUGUCAUAACAGCAGACUCGAUAAGUAUGUUAAGUGAGGCAGGUAGCACAGGGAAACCUGUUUAUGUUAUUGGGACCGAACACUGUAAAUGGAAGUUUUCGGCUUUUCACAAGACUCUACGGGAGCGAGGGGUUGUUCGCCCGUUCACUGGAUUGGAAGAUAUUUCAAAUAGCUGGAGCUACCCUCCCCUAAAUGACGCCAUUGAAGUAGCUACUCGUGUUCGUGAAGUGAUUGCAGAACGAGGGUGGACAGUGGGAUGAUGUGAUCAUAAGUAGCUCUCUGUUAUUCUGUCUAACUUUGGUCCAGAUAUGAUAUAUACGGUAAACUAUAGAGUUUGGUUAGCAUCACUGUGGAUUCAGUUUGUGUCGUUUGGAAAAAAAAAGGAGAGAAUAACAUAGCCAUGGAAUGGCCUGUACAAAAGGUGACCCUCUCUUUCAUGGUACACCCCCAAGCCAAAAUUUUGAGUAACUGCACAGCUCCGGGAGAUUUUUUUGGCUACUGGCAACAUGUUGCCUGAUGUAAAUUUAAGCUGCUAGAAGGAAUUGGAGUAAAUAGAGUUGAUAAUGAGAAAAUUUGAAGCUGAUGCAACGUUUCGGGUUU